CGCGCGCUUGGCACGGCACCGCGCACUCCAGCCCUUGUGUGUAGUAACCCAGAGCAGUAGAGCUCUCAGCUAGACAUGGCGGCGGAUCCUAAGCCGGACUGGCUCUCCUGCCUCCCCUCUUCUUGGAGUUAUGGGGUGACUCGGGAUGGACGCAUAUUCUUCAUCAACGAAGAAGCAAAGAGCACAACCUGGCUGCAUCCUGUUACUGGAGAGGCUGUAAUCACGGGGCACAGAAAAACUCCAGGUAAACGAUCAGAGAAUGUGUUGUUCUUCAUCUGCGAAAACACGCGCACACGCGCAGCACCUGGGAAAGGUUGUCCACGCGUCACGGUGGAGAAAAAGGGCGACAAGUUGCGGAGAGAGCGGCGGAAGACGAUGAGGGGAGAUUUGUUCUCUCUGCAGCAGAGCAACAGCCUCCUCUGCUCCGCUCCCUCUCUGCUCUCCUCUG